AUGCCUCGGAAACUAAUCAUCCUCGCCUUCGCCAUAAUCGGUUGCGCCGCCGCCCAAUUCGACUCGGCCACACAAGGUCCCAACCCACAGGACAUCGCCACACCCGAACCCGAAUAUAUUGACAUCGACGAACCACUGCCCGCACCAGCCGCCGCGCCCAUCCCAGUACAAGCUCGUUCCAGCUUCAUUCCCGCACCACGUCCCGUUGCCCAACCCAUCCCCAUUGCGGCGCCAUCCUUUGUCCGUGCACCCACCCAAGCCAUUCCCAUUGCGGCGCCAUCCUUCGUACGCGCACCCACCCAAGCGUAUUUGCCACCCGGCAGCAGCCACGCACAAGGCGGACACGUCUUCAGCCCACAAGGCGGCUACCAAUACAGACAAGUGCGCAGACGUUUCGUCUAUCGUCGCCGUUAUUAG